CCCUCCCUCGCCGCCUGGGCGGAGCCCGCGCGGGAUCCGGGUGGCUGCGGACGGCGCGGUGGUGGCGACUGCGGGGCCGGGGUCGCGGCCGGGGUCAGGCCGCAGCAACUAGGGAGGCGGACACCUGCGGGCAGCGUCCGGGAUAAGAGGGCUGCGGUCAGCUGCAGCUGCGGAUCCCCCAGGUCUCCGUGAUGGCAUCGGCCGGAGACCCCCCUGCGGGCCCCCGGGACGCUGCCGACCAGAACUUCGACUACAUGUUCAAGCUGCUGCUCAUCGGGAACAGCAGCGUGGGCAAGACGUCCUUCCUGUUCCGCUACGCCGACGACUCCUUCACCCCGGCCUUCGUCAGCACCGUGGGCAUCGACUUCAAGGUCAAGACCGUCUACCGCCAUGACAAGAGGAUCAAGCUGCAGAUCUGGGACACAGCGGGCCAGGAGCGCUACCGCACCAUCACCACGGCCUACUACCGCGGCGCCAUGGGCUUCCUGCUCAUGUACGACAUCGCCAACCAGGACUCGUUCACCGCCGUGCAGGACUGGGCCACGCAGAUCAAGACCUACUCGUGGGACAACGCGCAGGUCCUCCUCGUGGGGAACAAGUGCGACCUGGAGGAGGAGCGCGUGGUCCCCGCCGAGGACGGCCACCGGCUGGCCGCUGACCUGGGUUUCGAGUUCUUUGAAGCCAGUGCCAAGGAGAACAUCAACGUGAAGCAGGUGUUCGAGCGCCUGGUUGACAUCAUUUGUGACAAGAUGAACGAGUCUCUGGAGCCCACCUCGAGUCCCGGCAGCAAUGGGAAAGGCCCGGCCCUGGGGGACGCCCCCCCGCCCCAGCCCAGCAGCUGCAGCUGUUAGGGGUGAUAACCCCCGCCCCAAAUCAACCUUCUCCUGCAGGACAAUGACUGAGGCACGAGCCAGGCACGGGGGCUGGCUCCAAGCUCAGAGCACCCCCUUCCCUCCUGCCCGCCCCCCUCCGCCCCCCGCGUGGUCCCCUUUGCUUCUAGAGCCUCGAGCCUCAGGACAGCUGGGCCUGGGGUCCUGGCUGUGCGCGAACUUGCUGCUUCCGUGGCAUUCUCGUGGCUGGCCGUGGGCAGCGUGUCCUACCACGCGUCCAGCGGCGUCACCCGUGCCUUCCACUUCCGCCCGCGCCACCCCCGGCACCCAGCCUGGUGUUUACAAGCUGCCUGAGGCUGGGCGCUGGUGAUGGCUCCCGCCCGUCAUCCUAGCGACUCAGGAGGCUGAGAUCUGAGGAUCCCAGCUGGAGGCCAGCCUGAGCAGAAAGACCUCGAGACUAAUGAGCCACCAGAGAACCGGAAGUGGCGCUGUGGCUCAAGUGGUUAGAGCACUUGCCUUGAGCACAAAGAGGCUCAGGGACGGCGCCCGGGCCCUGAGUUCAAGCCUCACAAGGGACAGAAGAGAAAACAAAGCUGCCUGAAGUUGGGGUGGCUUGUCCAAGUUCAUGUUCGGGGAGGUGGCGAUCACCUGUUUUUCUCAGGUUCCCUCAGCUUGGUCUCAGCUGGCUCUGUGAAUCGCCUGGAUGCCAUGGUUCCAAGCUGGGGUGAUGAUUGGGGUUCCCCCAUUACAGAGCCCCCCACCCUGCUCACAGAAUGCUUGUGCAACACCGCCCCCCUCAAGUCCAACUGCUGUAUAGAGCCAUACCCUGGCAUGGGGUCCCCAAAGUGCCUUGGUCCCUCCCCACCUCCCGCAAUCUUUCACCCACUGCACCUCUGAUGCUGAGACAUUCUAGAACAUUCCGUGUCUUUUCUUUUUAGGGCUUGAACUCAGGGUCUUGUGCUCUCUUGCUUGGCUUUUUCCGCUCAAGGCCGGUGCUCUACCACUUGAGCUACAGCUCUCCUUCAGCUUUUUGCUGGUUGGGGAUGAGUUUCACACACUUUUCUGUCCUGGGCAGGCUUCUAAUUGCAAUCCUUAGUUCUCAGCCUCCUGAGUCGCUGGGAUUAUAAAUGUGCCCAGCUUUCUAGAACAUUCUGGCCACAGCAGAUGGGGCUGAGAAUUAUCCAGCUCUUAAUAUUCCCACUGAAGACUGUCUGACCGGAGACCAGGGCUUCCCUCCUUAUCUGACUGGUUGUAUUUUAAGCAAGAUCUUUACAAAUCUCAACAUCCUGCGCAAAAAGGAAGUUGACCAAUGUCCACACAGCCCAGGCUGGCUUCUGUGUGUGUGUGUGUGUGUGU